AUGAACGAGUCUAAGGUAGAAUUUAAUAAGCAGCGAAAGAAUAUUAAUAAUAGGGUACGCGCUUUCGAGGACAGUAAAGCUUUCCUGAAUUUAUUUUUCGAUGACCUUCCGAAACAGCCAUCUCACUAUGUGAGAAAGGAUACCAACAAAUUUUAUUUAGAGCAACAUUUCGUUACUCUGAAGCAAUUGCAUAGUUUUUAUAGAGAGGUUUGUGAUGAGAAAAACGAGCAUUACUUGUGGUCUUCUGAACAUCAAGCUUCAAUAAGAGCGCUACUUUACCACACAACAAUUUCCAGACUUGAUAUGACUAUUGGCCUCUUCAUACCAGAGCUUGGACUCCUUCCGUUGGUUCAGUAACUUGAUCACCGACUCAGAUCUCUGUCGCUUCUGAUCACCCAUGGUGGACGUUGUUGGUGAUUAUGUGGAAACGGGUAAUCUUCUGGGAAAUGAAAAUGUGACAUCAAUGAAAAUAUGGAAC